AUGAUAUUACAGAUUUUUAAAUUGCGGGACCUAGCGUUAGCUACACUACCGGCCGGCCGGGGCGGGAGCGUGCCUAUAAACAGAGCGUCGGAGGCCGCGGUUCUCAGCGAAGGGUGCACCCUGGCCCUAUACGCCGAUGACACGGCGCACGUGGCGACAUCGCUGAAGACCUCGCACGCUGCGACAAAGCUCCAACGCGCUCUGGACCUCCUGCCAGAGUGGCUGGACAAUUGGAGACUUGCCGCCAACCCGGACAAGACCAGCCCUGCGAUUCUGGCUGUAGGGAGAGCCAAGUGGGCGACACACAAGCUCAAGCCACUCUUCACAGACAACCUACCCCUCCGCACCAAGCUCACGCUUCAUAAAUUAUAUGUGCGCCCUCACCUCACGUACGCGGCACCGGCGUGGUUCUCCUACGCUAAGGAGACCAACUGCCGAAGACUGCACACCGUGCAAAACACUCUACGAAACGUAGUAAAAGCCCCACGUUACGUGAGGAAUGGCACCAUAGCGCGAGACAUGCGGAUGGAGUCGAUCGACGAGUUCAUCGCAGGGCUCGCAAAGAGGAUGUUUGAUCGAGCGGCCUAA